AUGCCGCCACUCGUCUUCAGGCUCUUCACCACAAUCUCUGGCCAGUCGGCCACUCCAGCGUCGGAUCGUAUAAAUGGACCCCGUAUCUCCUGCUCCUCUGACCAAACCGAGUCCCCUCUCGGCUUCUCUUGCUCUCUGUCUCUCGUGCUCGCGAUCUCUCAGACUUGCUGCGUUGAACGCGUCAAUAUCUCUCGUCACUGGCCAAACGCUCCUCAAAUGUCCUCCAAACCCUUUCCUGUCGUCCUCUUCCAGUACAAGCGCGACGACUACGGCGUCGACUGCGAAGAGUGCCUCCACUGGGCCCUCUUCAUCCUCACCGACUUGACACUUCUGAAGGGGCACGCUUUUCACGCCGUUGACUAUAAAUACGCUGCUCCUCGCGCUAAUCAAUGGAAUCACUGGUACAAAGAGGAUGUCUCUCUCUUCAGCUCCAAUAAAGGCCUCGGCGGUGUCCAGGUCGGCGACGUUCCUGCCCAAUUACUCGACAAGGUUGUCGAGCACAUCAAGAUUUUCCCGAUCCCGAAACACGAAGAAUGGAACUGCCGCUCGGACCUCAAGCGAUCGCUCAACGAGGAUGAUUUCUUGGCCGAUCUUAGGCAGGCCAGCGUCAAAACAGUCGAGGUAACCGAACAGAUGGGCCAGCUGGUGCCACACAUCGUCUGGGAGCAGGAGCGAGACGUGCACAAGCCAGCGUCUGAGCGCAUGAGCAAGCGACCCCCAGUCCCGCGUCCAAUUAAGCAAGAAACUCAAGAGAUAAACCAGCUGAUGCCAAGCGCUCACGAUCGGUAG